AUGAAUGUUGCAAUGGAAUCUGAAAUACUGUACAUUAAAGAUUAUCCUUGUCCACACCAGGUUGUCUCUAUACCUGGAGAUGGUUCAAGUUUGUUCCAUUCUUUAUCAUUCUCUAUUUAUGGGAAUAUUGAGUCGUCGUAUGACAUUAGUUGUGCUAUAGUCGAGCAUGUGGUAGCGCAUUGGAAUGAGAUGCAACAAUAUAAUAAUCAAACACUAACAAAUAAGAUUCAGGACAGAUCAGAAGCAGGUCGGCGGCAAAGGUCUAGUAUGGUCUUGUUUAUUGAUCUGUGCGCACUAGAUGAGAACGUCAUCGUACAACUAACUACAAUGUACGAAAACUUUGUAAACAAAAUUGCCGUUCGGUAUUACGCAUUAACUGAACAAGGAAAACCAAUACAAAUUUUAAUUUAUAUCAACAAUUUAAACCGCAUUUUCCUCACCUACGAACGAUUUCAAGAGAUAUGUAUCAACUAUCAAUUACAGAGCAUUAGUAAUUUAAAAGAUAUUGAUGCAUCAUUAGAAAAAUCUGACGUAGAAAAAAUUAAAAAAUAUGGAAAACAACAAAAUAUUAGCAGUAUUGUUAUGAAAAGUGAAGAGUCACGUGAAAUUUUAGAAGAUGCACUCAUAGAUAAACAUAAGGCUGCACUCAAAUCUUUAAAAUUA